UUGCUGUCGGAGAUUAGGGUUUAUCUGUCAAAAAGCAAGAACGAGGUAGAGUGAAGUUGCGAUUGAGCGGGCACAAUAGACAGACAUCGCAAGUACGCCAACAGACGCUUCGCGUCCGUUAAACCUCGCGUAUCUCGUCCUGAAAAAAAAUAUUUUGUAGUGCGUCUGUCGUGUUGUUAUACUCAAUUUUCAUAUCGGCGUGCGUACGCUUUGAAAUAAUACAAAGUCAUUGACGAUAAAAGCAAAUGUGUCUGGGUAGUUUCUUAUUGGAAAAAUAUUAAAUUCGUGACAGUCAGGGGGGUGGGGGUAAUGCCAAAACAACCCUUUCCAUAACACGCAAGUUUCACUAUCAUAUUAAUCUGUUAGCAGCUAUAAUAAACAAAGUACCGAAGGACACGAAUGUAAUGGAAGAAAAAACAUUUCUUCAGUUUUUUAACUUGUAUACAUAAAUAGUAAUGUAAUCAGCAAAAAGUGUAUUCAGGCAGAAAGAUCGACGCGAAGGAAAAUUCAGACACAGAGGGAAGGCGUGUGUGUGAGAAGAACGAUAAACGAAUUUACGAGUGAAAAAAAGUGAAAGUGACUACAAAAAACAAUGUGGAAAACGAACCGCGAAUUCGUGUGCUUUGCGCUCAUCGCGAUGUUUGCAACGGCAACCCUCGUAUCGGCAGGAGGCGGAGUAGAGACCGAGGAUCCACCAACAAAACGUGCGGUAAACAAGGAUCAAGAAUGCGAUCAAAGUGACCUUGACCAGCGGUGCCCUAACGAAGGGGAGACUUGCGCUAUCGAUGAAAGUACACGAAAAGCAAUGUGCAUUUGCAUCAUAAAUUACGUGCGAGACCCUUCAGGAUUAAAAUGUGUCAAGAAACCACCGACGCGACCACCGCUGCCGGAAACGACCACGGAAAAAUUGGACGCCGCGUCGAGUUCAUACGGUAGUUCGGUCGCAGCUGGUCUCUUGAUACCAACAUUUUUGAUAGGGCUUGGCGUACUUGGUUUCUGCUUUGCCAGGAGAUAUAGAUUAUUGCCAUGUCGUCGUAAUCUUUAUGGAAAUGUCCUAGUCACAAGGGACGACGACGACGAUGAUCCGCCUAUAGCGUAAGAUAGAUUUUAGUCCUCGUUUGUAAUUAGUUAUAAAAGCAAGAAACAAAAAGUAAUACAAUGAGAAACAAAAGCAUAUUUAUCUUUUGCAUAUUUUUAAUCAAUCGUACGACACCAACGAUCUUUUGUAAAAUUUAGACACACUGAUGAUAAAAACAAGAGGAAAGAGAGAAAGAGAUGGAGGGUGAGGAAGAGAAAUGAUAAAAAAUAAAAUCACAAUGCAAAAGGCUGCAAAGGGUCGAGGCCAAAAAUGUUAAGUUAAUCAAUGAUUUUUGUAUAUUGGAAGAAAAUAUUAGAGAAUCGUGGGCAAUUUAGAAAGGUUUAUUACGAAUAAUGAAGAAAUAUUGUCACACAGGUGAAACGAAAAGGCCAAAUGUCAAAGGAGAUCACGAGGUUGUUUGCAGAGAAACGUUUGAAUUUUCACGUCACUCAAUGCUAGUGUAAAUUUAUGCUUUAUUCAAGUCGAAUGCUCAAUUGUUUUCAAUAUUGAUUAUCGAAAUUAAUUGUUUUCCAAAUAUCGAUCGAAAUGAAAAAUUCGCCGUUGCACCACCAAUCGAAUUACCAAAAUCAUCGUCGGUAUCGUUUUUCGUAUUCUAAAAUUCAUCAUUGCCCUCGUGAUCUCGUGCUGUAUUCAUGUAUGUCCGAACGGUAAUUGUCAAGAGUCUGAUAUUUAUACGAUUAAAAUACUUUUAAGGGAUUAUAUCGGAGUUCGAGAGAGCUUUGAAUUUCACAGAAAGAAAGACAAAAUAAGAAUAACCAAACUUUGUUUAACUCAUAAAAACUCUGUGUGAUUCAUGAAUAAUCGAAUAGGAUUUCUUCUUCGUAUAAUAAGCAUUCGAGAAAGAACAUUGCAAUCCCAUUCGAUGUAGACAGAAUCGCAAAAAUCACGUUCGUUUAGACAUUUCAAGUGCAAUAUCCUCAGGAAAAUAAUCUAUCGAGGCAACCAACGAAAAAAAAAAAACAGACGAACCGAAAGAAUAAAUUUGAAGAGGCUAUUAUCGAAGUAAUUUUGUUCCUCAACUCGGGGCGAAUGAUCAGCCGUUCAGCCGGUAAAACCUCUGCUGCGAAUUUUCUUCGAGCACGGUUGAAUUAUUUUCAAGAGAAAUCAAAGUUGUGCCUUGUUUAUCGUUCGCUCGAAGCAUGUGGCACACCCUUCAUUUUUCUUGAAAUAUCAACAGCCUCCAAGACAUGGAUAAACUGAUUUUCAGUUAUUUCAAUGACGAAUCCGGCUGGGUCAUUUCUGUUUUCGCAAAAAAUCCACAACUUUCGUACAAUGUAUUUUUCACCAAAAAAACUUUUUUCUCUUAGUGUUGAUUCGCCACUGAAAUUAGGUCGUCGAUAACUUUGGACUUUAAAAUCAACUUUCCCUUUUUUAUAUAAGAGAUAUAAAUAUGUAUACAUUUAUAUUGGAUACUCACCUUAUCUAUAACACUAUUAUUGAAUACCGAGAAGAGACAUAAUUUUCUACAUAAUAACGAUAAGGUAAUCGGGUCAGUAAACUCUAUCUCAGUGUAACUAUAUUAAUUUUAUUAUUAUUAAUAUUAUUGUCAUUAUUAUUGACUUGAUAAUCUUUAGUGAUAAUUUUCAAUAUAUGGCAUAGGUGCGAGGAUGUAUUUAUAGGGAUACGUAGAAUAUACAUUUACUGUUGUAAGUGUAAAUGUAUUUUUUACAUGGGUUAUUCGAAGUUGAGUGUUUGAAACUACGAAUUGAAUUUAUGAAUUUUUUUAUUUUGAAUUGGUAACUCUUGCGCAUUGAGUAAAACAAACGAUUUGUUAAUGAAACCAAAUUCCACGAAGUUGGACCAUAAAUGGUGUUUUCUUGGUCAAACCUUCGAUGAGUUGGUAAUUUUUUAAGGCGCACAGCGAAUCGGUAUCGGUAUAUUUAUGGCUUUUUUUUACAAAUAUUUUCGAGUAUUUGGGGGUUAAUUAGAAUUCAAGUUCUCGUAGUUCAGAACUCAACUUUGAACGGCUUAUAGAAACGAGUCGUUCUUGAAAGAACGAUAUUGUGUAAAUAUAAAUUCAUCUUCGUUGAGAAGAAAGUGAAUGAAGAACAAAAGGGAAAAAGGAACGGGAGAGAAGAAGUCGACGAAUACUUGAAAGCAUAAUCUUGCCAGAUAUUGCGCGAAAUUCGAAAAGUAUGCGCGGGCAAAUAUCAUUUGACUGAAUAAUCGUAACUGUUGCUAUCUUUUUAAUCGCAUUGUAACAUUUGUCCUCGAGGUGAUAGCGCGUGAAGAUUUUUUGAGAUGAAAAAAGGAAUAGAAAGAAAAACAAAGAUCACUUGCUCUGGUACGGAAAAAAGGUGCUAGAAAAUCAUUUGGCCACCAGAUUCAGAUAUUUCUCGAUGAAAUAUUUUUUUAUAUACAUUCUACAUUCGAUAUUGUUAGAAAUUAAUGCGAAUUAAUGUUCGACCAGCUUUACCGUGUAGAAGCAAAGAAAAGGCCCUUACAAUCUCGUCCACCUCGAGUGGUACCGACCAUCCAGAAUCUAUGAUAAUAUUUCUAUUUUUGUUUUAUUAAAUCAUUCACUAAUCCUCGAUUCUCAUAGAAUACGCAAGUUUUUUCGAGUCCUCUUUCACGUGCUAUGGCCUAUAUUUCUUUUUAAUUAUACGCUCUGUGAUGUAUAUGUUAACGUUAUGAUAAUGCAACUAUUAUAUUAAUUCGAAAUACGAUUUUUAAGCUGGUAAAAACGUGCUGGUUUUGAGAACCUGGUACGAUUAGUAUAAAGUUGAAUUAUUUUGUUCAUUCUUUUCUGACCCUCUUUGAGGUUUUAUAGAAUCCGCACAUCACUGCAUAUAUCUUGUAUAUACAUGAAAGACGGGAAGCCUUCGUUGCGAGGAAAGUAUAAAUACUGAAAAAAUAGUUAUACCGAUAAAUAACAAAAAAAGUUAUGAUUAUUUCGAAGGAAAGCUCGCAAAUGAAGAAAAUACAUUUUUGUCUAACACGAAUUUGCUCAAUAGUCAUUGAUUUUUGUAUUAGCCUCGAGGAUAUGUGCAAUUCCAAACGAAGGAAUCGAACCAAAGUCACGAGGGAUCGAGAUUAACCAAAACAAUGGCUCCGGGGGCUGAGUUGAAUAAAAAUAUAAAAUAA